CAGAGAAAGGACGUGGAACUUGUUACACCACCUCACUGUGGUUGUUAUACGAGAGUUUUACACAGUAGUUAUACACAAAUACCAUGAAAAUAACGAAUGACAAUUUUUCCGGAUACAGUUACGCUGCAGAGGAAGUGGAAAUAGACAACUGGCCGGCAGCGGCCCUUCCGAACAGAAGUGCGUUUAAAAAGCUUGAGGACCGUCGUCGACGUCGUGAAGCGAUUCUUAUUCUGUGUGGCAGGGGCGGGGGGGUCUGGCAGCGAUCAUGGAGGGGAACAGCGAGUCCGCCGUCAUCAGGAGCCUGAAACGCUUCAGGGACAAGUACUUCCUUAAUGUGAGAAGUGACCCGAGCGGCGUCCAGCAAACGGCAGACAAGGAGGAAGAGCGAACAGGCGAAGGAGGAUACUUGGACAGUCUGCCGGUGGACUUGCAGUUUCGCAUCAUGUCCUUCCUGACCCCCCAAGACCUCUGUCGGCUGGGGGGGACCAGCUGUUACUGGAGGUCAGUUGUCCGAGACCCCCUGCUCUGGAGGUACUUUCUGCUCCGAGACAUGCCGCUCUGGCCCUCCGUUGACCACACCAGUAUGCCCAACUUAGAGGCUUUGGAGGCACCGCUCUUUCGGGACGAGGACGACACCAGUCAAGACUUCAUGGCAGAUUACCUGAGAGGCAGUCCUGCGUGUAGACGGCAAUGGCGCCGCCCGAAGUCUGCCCAUAGGGUCACAUCCUUCUUUCAGUCCCUUGUGGUCCCCACAGAGCCCCGUUUUGCCAUGUUUGGGCCAGGCCUGGAGCAGCUGGAUGUCUCCCUGGUUGCAAAGCUGAUGCACUCGCCAAAUGUCCUGCCUGUGGCAGCAGGGAUUCCCCAGAGACAGAUUGAAGGUAUUGGUUCUGGAAUUAGUUUCAUGUUCAAUGAUCAGCACAGGUUCAACAUUUUGACCCUUUACUCAAACAACAGGAUGGAAAGGGAAAGAGCCCGUGCUGAACAGCAGAAUGUGCAGAGUAAACUGUUUGUCCAAGAUGACCCCAACUGCUGCAUCGUACCUCAGGUUCAGGAAGUAUGUCGAGCUGUGGAUGGCUUCAUCUACGCAGCCAAUUCUGAACCUGGAAGAGGUGACAAGCGGGAAAUGGAGCGAGCUCAGAUCCGGGCCAUGCUGGAUCCAGCCUUGGGCCCAUCAUCACGGCCCAUACUAGUUCUGUCCUGUGUGGCCAGGGAAGAGCCAGGUGGAGCUAGAACCAGGACCCCUUGUGUGUACCUGGCACAACAGCUCAAUCUCCAAAUUCUGCCCAACCCAUGGAUGGUGCAAGAUAUUGUGAAUGAAUCACUGACUGGACUUUUGGAUGGCAUUGGAUGGUUGUUAAAGGCAUCUGGCCUCAGACUGUAGCUGGAAAUGCCCAAGAAUCAGCACAAGAAGGGUUUGAGUUAUGUACUACUCUUGCCUCUACCGGUCAUUCAUGAAGUAAUUAAGUGGCCUACCAUGUCACACAUUUUUCUGGAUAGUCCCGAGUCGAAUAUCAUGCUAUCUGCAAAGUUCUCUGCUGAUUUACUUUGAAUUAAACAUUUUGGGAGAUUGCCAGGGUUUUGUAAUGUGUCCCUGAAAGUCUAGUUUU